CGGGGCAGCUCUCGCGAGGCCGCGCUUCGGCUCCCGCGGGCGUCGGGCGCGCGGUUGUAACUGCCAGGAGGUGGGAGAAGUAGCUCUCGAGCCAAGGGACGUGCGACUACCCUUGCGUGGUCAUGGAGGCGCCGCGGCCGCCGCUACCCGCGACGACUUCGGCCCCUGACCGGAGCCGAAAGCUACUGCUGCUGCCACUGCUGCUGCCGCUGCUGCUGUUGCUGCUGCCGGCCGAAGCUCUGUGGGGCUUGGAGGCGGAGGAGAGGCCCCGAACCCGCGAAGAGGAGUGCCACUUAUACGCGGGUGGACAAGUGUACCCGGGGGAGGCGUCCCGGGUUUCAGUCGCCGACCACUCCCUGCACCUCAGCAAAGCCAAGAUUUCCAAGCCAGCACCUUAUUGGGAAGGAACAGCUGUGAUAAAUGGAGAAUUUAAGGAGCUGAAGUUAACUGAUUAUCGUGGGAAAUACCUGGUUUUUUUCUUCUACCCACUUGAUUUCACUUUUGUGUGUCCAACUGAAAUCAUCGCCUUUGGUGAUAGAAUUGAGGAAUUCAGAUCGAUAAACACUGAAGUGGUAGCAUGCUCUGUUGAUUCACAGUUUACCCAUUUGGCGUGGAUUAAUACCGAUCGAAGACAAGGAGGAAUUGAGCUGAUAAGCAUUCCACUUCUUUCAGAUUUGAACCAUCAGAUCUCAAAGGACUAUGGCGUAUAUCUGGAAGACUCGGGCCACACUCUUAGAGGUCUCUUCAUUAUUGAUGACAAAGGAAUCCUAAGACAGAUUACUCUGAAUGACCUUCCUGUGGGUAGAUCUGUGGAUGAGACACUGCGUUUGGUUCAAGCAUUCCAGUACACCGACAAACAUGGAGAAGUCUGCCCUGCAGGAUGGAAACCCGGUAGUGAAACAAUAAUUCCAGAUCCAGCUGGAAAGCUCAAAUAUUUUGAUAAACUGAACUGAAGAAUACUUCCUCAGGUCAUGAUGCUUGAAACUUCUCAGUAAAGUUCACUGUUUUAUUACCACA